AUGGUCCCGAGGGCCUUUGUCGGUGGGUCAGAAAGAAGGGGAAGGAGGGGUUCCGAUGGGGUGAACAAGGAUUUGGGUUUUGGGGAGGGCCGAUGGCCGGUGAGGAAGAUGGAGGAGGGCGUUGCAGCGGCGACGGUGGUGGGUGGCGUAGUGGCGGCGAAGCGAGGGCGGAGCGCGAGGGCGGAAGCUUCGGUGGCAUUGACGGCGAAGGCCGAGGGUGGUGGCCGCAGUCGGGGAAGCGCUGCGGUCGGCCAAAGCGGCGGUGGAGAUGGUGCUGGCGGAGAUGGGAGCGGCGGCGGGUGGACGGCGCACGGCGGACGGCGGAGUGGCGAAGGUGGCGGAGACUAUGGGGGUGACAGCGACGUGGAGCGAACGACAGGAGAAGGUGAACAGACAAUUGCAACAGAUAUAGGCCACUUCACCUCACAGCCAUUAAAAAUAAACUAUUUUGAUUGUCUACAGCCACAAUCAUGA